AUGGAUCGGAGAGGCCAGCAGCUGCCUGACCCCAGUCACAGAAAACAAGACAAAGAGCAUUACUCCAGGUUUACUCAGCAGGAAUGGGACAUGCAGUAUCCUCCGCCGGACCCCAGAGACAGGGGCCCACAUUGGAGCCGCCCUGAUGCCCAUUACAUGCCUGCUUUCCCAGGCCCACCUAGAGCUCAGCUGUUUCCAUACACCUCUCAGGAUUAUGCCUAUAAUUAUGGAUGGCAGGAGCAUCACAGACCUCAGUCCAGGUAUGAGCAGCGGAGAGACAACUCCAAGCAUCACUUCAGUGAUUAUAAAGACAUCGAGGAGAUUUCCUCCAACUGGCCCGGGACACUAGAAAGCUCCAAAACCUCAGGAUUGUCCUCCAGCAGCUAUGAGCUGAGUCAGUACAUGAACGGAUCUGAUCUCUGCGAUCCGGACAUUCAGCCUCCUUUCAUCACUGAUGGAGGGCAUCCAGCGGUUCAUCAGAUCUCAGCUCCUAUGAAGUACUCAACCCCUCACGCAGUGGUGAGCUUCGGGCCUGCAGGCCAGCUCAUACGGGUCAGUCCGGCUCAGGAGAAAUUGAGUCAGCUGGAAAUCCACAGUCUGGAGGUCCUACUGAGUGAGACGCCAGAACAGCAGGAGAUGAGAAACUUUCCUGGACCUUUAACUCGGGAAGAUUUGCAUAAAGUAGAUGCAAUAGAGUUUGCCCAUCAGCAGGCAGGAGCCUGCAUGAGCAGUGGUUUACAUGUUGCAUCUGGGUCUUCGUGUUUCUCUCACUGUUUCCCUUGUGGUGAGCAGGAGGCCCUGGAGUCUGCUAUGACCAGCGGCCUGUGGGGGCACGCACUUUUUCUGGCCAGCAAAAUGGGCAGCAGAUCAUAUACCACAGUGCUGAGCAGGUUUACCAGCCAGCUAGUAGCCAGUGAUCCCCUCCAGACUCUGUUCCAGCUCCUGUCUGGGAGAAUCCCAGCUGCAUCUAUGUGCUGUGGAAAUGAAAAGUGGGGUGACUGGAGGCCCCAUCUGGCUGUGAUGCUCUCCAAUGAGACGGGAGAUCCCGCCGUACAGCAGAAGGCCAUCCUCACCAUGGGAGACUCUCUCGCUUCCAGGGGCCUGAUACAUGCGGCACAUGUGUGUUACCUGACAGCCGGCGCUUCCUUUGGGGUGUUUCUACAGAAGGCAGAGAGACUCGUGCUUCUUGGCAGCAGCCACAGGCAGUGUUUUGGAAACUUUGCUUCAAAUUCAGCCAUCCAGUGUACUGAGUUAUACGAGUACUGUCAGACACUUGGAGGAAAAUCCUUUUCAAUCCCAUUCUUUCAGGUGUAUAAGCUGCUGUAUGCCAGUCGGCUGCUGGACUGUGGGCUUUGGUCCCAGGCCUUCCAUUACUGCGAGGUGGUAGGGCAGGCCGUCCUCAGGCAGACGGAGCCGCACUAUGUGCUGACAGAGCAGGUUAUUAAGCUGUCAGACAGACUCAGGUUCUCAGAGGGUCAGUAUGGUGACGCUGUGUUUGGAGGAGCGGCACAGGAACCAGAGUGGCUCAAACAGCUUCGGACACGACACCAGCGCUUACAGAUGGGGAUUUAUGACCAAGGUGAUAUAAACGACGUAGCUUCACAGAGCCAUGUUUCGGCCCAUGAUGACUGCCAGCUGUACCCAGAAUCUGACCUGGAUGAUUUAAGUUGUAAAGAGGAUCCAGAGCCUGAGCUCCUUUAUUUUAGAGGCUCUGAGCAACAGGACCCCCUGAUCCACGGGACAGGAGAGGAAACGGGGGAACCGUCGGUGAUGAACACACAAACGCAGCACAGGCCGCAUGCCAAUACUCCUUUCAUGCCAACAAUGGUGGCUGAAACUCCCACUGUGCCCAUGAGCCAAAAUAUCAGCCAUCAUUACACGGAUGGUGUUGAAGUCAGAAGUUCCCCGCCACAUUGUGCUCUGAGUAAUCUUUCAUUGGCAGCUGCUGAGGCGGACGCGUAUUCUGAGCCGGGGACGGACAUGAAUGAUCAGAUGCUUGAGGUUAACACCAGUCACGAUCAAAGCCAGCAGGUUAUCACUGGGCCCUCAGAGGAGACUGAGGGGCCCAAAGAGGCUCCUAAACAGAGCGCAAAAACCGGGUGGUUCAGCAGCUGGUUCAAAUCGAAGCCAAAAGAAGCCCAAAAGAACGACAUUCCAGCUCAGACGGACCCGCUCCCACCCGUCAGCCACCACCCUCCUCCUCCCGGCACAUUUCCCCCCUCCCUCUCCCCUGCUGGGGUCAAUCCUUUCUCAAGAAAAGCAGGCCAGCAGCCAAGGUAGUAAAUGCCGCAUAACUCCAUAACAGACUCCUACAGCUGAAUCACCACCGCGCUGCAUGCAAGGCACAGAAAUACCAGCCACUCAUAUUGCACAGCUGAGGCAUGCUUCCUGAAAGCUGACUGUGGGGAAAGUACCACGGGAUGCAGGACGGUAUCACUGGCAAAGAAGCUGGAAGCCAACUUUAAUGACUUUUACACACUACUUUACGGUUCUGAUUGUGCAAACCCAUCCUGCUGUAUCUGAUAUUUUAGCCUUUUGAAUGUUUAGAAGAAAAGUUCCAGUGUUUUUUUUUUUUGCUAAAAAAUCUGUUGUCUUUUCUACCUGAGAUUAUAACUGUCCAGUAUGAUUGUCUCAGUGCUUUGAAGACAGUCCAGGCUGUCUUUUUCAGUAUUAUACUUACAAAAUGCACCCAAAAUAAAAAUAAAUAAGUAUAGCACAAAAUAUAUAGGUGUAAAUAGAUAAGAUGAGGGAACUUCCUGGAUUUUAUUUCUCAUCUUUUCUUCAUCCAUGAGAUUUUCAGCAAUCUGACCCGAUAAUCUGACUGAAUUGUUUCUGUAAAGUACCUUUAGGGAAAUUUAGAUGUGAACCUGUGUUAUAUCAAUAAACUCAAUUGAAUCAAAAUUUACAUUUAUUAAAAUGCUUCAUUAAAAAAAAGACAAUUAAUAUUUAAUGUCAUAAUUUUAAAGGUAUUCCUAAUUAUCUAU